AUGGGGCAGCGCAGCAGCACAUUGCGCCGCGACAGCGACGCGUCGGCGGACGGCUCUUCGGCGUCGCGAGUCGCGUCUUCGUCUUCCGCCGUCGCUGCGGAGCGCUCUGCGCUCGCGGUCCGUGAUUGCGCUUCAACGACUGUGCAGCGAGAAGGAGAAGGAGAAGAAGAAGGAGAAGGCGAAGGAGAAGGAAAAGGAGAAGGAGAAGGAGAAGGAGAAGGCGAAGGAGUCGAAGAAGAAGAAGGAGGAGAGGAAGAAGAGAGCAAGACGUUUGUGCAGCAGAGCGAGACGACUACGCAGCAGAUCAUCGAAGUGGUGCACACCUCGCAGUCUUUGGACCAAGAGCCGUCUGUCCACCACCAACCGCUCAGCACCGACGAAGUAGACGGCCUGUUCUCGCACAUCGAGACCUCCUCCUCCAUCGAGUCGUGUCCGUCUCCCUCGGGCCAUGCGAAGCCCGACGACGCGCAGCUGCUCACGCGACGCGGAUCAAUGGCGCCGCCGAAGUUAGCGCGCUUCCGACCGUCCAUGGACAUGAUGGCCAAGUCGCUGUCGUUUGUCAAUUACGAGUCGAGCUCAGACUCGCGGUCGCUCGAUUCGAGCUCCAGCUCCUCGGACGAGGAACUCGCGGGCAGCGGCGAAGAGCUUGUAAGCGACUGGCUCGACGAGCCGGAAGACGCCGUGCUGUCGCCUCCGUCGCUGCCGAAACGUGGCCGUCACGCGAGCGCUUGCUCGUCCGUCUCGUCGCACGCGGGAAAUAUCAGCGUGUCCUAUUCGGCGAUGCACAGCGGCGGAGGACGAGUCAGCAACAGUAGUCAGCACAGCAUGACCGGCUGGGCGUCUUGGCUCAGCUCGCCGGAUGACGUGGAUGAAGAGGACGACGCGGACGACGAAGCCGUGGCACUGACGCCCUUUUUGCGGGACAACAUGCCCGUGUACGAGAUUAUGAAACAGGUGCAGUUGUUUCGGAACUUGAGCCAGAUGCAACAGGAGCAGGUGGUGCGAGCGCUCAAGCCCGCCAAGUUCUCGGACGGCGACGUCAUUGUUGCACAAGGCACUCGAGGCUCACGGUUCUACAUGAUUGCCAAGGGAGAAGCUGUGGUGACCAAGACGGUCGCCACGAGUAGUCAUAGCAUCACUGGCUUGACGCCGUCCAGUGCAGGACAAACACAAGAGCGCAUGAUCACUCAUUUACGAGCUGGCCACUAUUUCGGUGAGCUUGCACUGAUUUACGACGACCCACGUACAGCCACGGUGCGCGCAGUGGGCGAUGUGGAGCUGCUGUAUCUAACACAAGAAGACUUUCGGCACAUCGGGCAGGUACAUCUGAGUCUGAUGCUGCAACAAGUACCGCUGUUGGCGAGAUUGAGUCCGCAAGAUCAGGACAUUGUGCUCAAGUGCUUGCGACCUGCAAAUUUUUGCGACGGGGAGUAUAUUGUCCGCCAAGGAGACGAAGGGACUCGAUUUUAUAUGAUUACGCGCGGCGAAGCGAUUGUGUCGGAAACGGAUGUCGGACCCGACAAGACGACGUACGAAAAGGAAUUGACGCGACUGUACGAAGGGCACGUGUUUGGUGAAAUGUCACUCAUUUACAGUGAGCCACGCACGGCUUCAGUUCGUGCGGUAGGGCCCGUCAAGUGCUUGUACUUGACCAAAGAGGAUUUCGACAAGUGCCUUUUGUCCGACCAUUUCCAGCGCUUUAUUCAGGAGGCAUAUGUAGAGAAGGCGACGCGUCGUGCAAUGCGACUGCGAUUGCAACAGCGAGCAAACAGUGUGGGUUCUUCCACUCCCCAAGGAGGUUCGAGAGCUGAUAGCGUGUCCGGUACCGUCAUAGUCCCAGCGCCGGCACCCGUGUCUCCUGCGAAGGCGACUGAGACGAAAAAGCUUGUCAAGCACCGGCUCAAAAAUGGCGAGGUUGUUGUCAAUAAGUAUGUGAUCAAGGGUGAUUUGGGUCGAGGCACAUUUGGCCGGGUCAAGCUCUGUGAAAGUCAGGAAGACGGCCAGAUGUACGCUGUAAAGAUUAUGCACAAGACUUUUGUUCAGCGCAUGGCUGGAAAAGAAGAUCAGCUUUAUGACGUGCUGCGUCGUGAGGUGGCCAUUAUGAAAAAGCUGAAUCAUCGCAACGUGGUGAGGCUUGUGGAAGUCAUUGACGACCCAAACAGCCAGAAGAUGUAUCUCGUGCAAGAAUAUGUGCAGCACAGUCUUAUGACGGAAGUCACACAAGCACGGCGCCUGAAUGAACCGAUUGCUCGUAAGUACAUGCGCGAUCUUUUGACUGGUCUUCAGUAUCUGCACUUUCACAAGGUGAUCCACCGUGACAUCAAACCAGAAAACAUUCUCGUUAGCUCGGACAGUGUGGCGAAGAUUGCCGACUUUGGCACAGCACGCAUGAUUAUGAACGAUACUGAGACCAUCUCAGGUGCGAAGGGCACCCCCGCGUUCAUGGCCCCAGAGAUGUUUGAUAUCGACGCUACAUACCUGGGCCCGGCGGUGGAUGUGUGGUCACUUGGAGCUACGUUGUACAUGAUGGUUAUCGGACACCCGCCGUGGAUGGCGGACAAUGAGAUUCUUCUGGCAGAACGCGUACAGCGCGUGGAGUUGCGCUUUCCAAAGGACGUGGAGCGCACGAUGGAACCGCACUUGAAAAAUCUGCUGCAACGCAUGCUUACAAAGGACCCGGCCUUGCGAAUAAGUUUAAAAGAAUGCUUCACACACGAUUGGAUCACCAAAGAAGGUAGCGAUCCCCUUGGCCUGAUGACACCAGAGAAGAAUCUUACAGUUUCGAUGGAUGAAAGUGAGCGUGCUAUUGAAAACAUACCUGAGCGUAUUGAUCAGCGGCUGACGGAGAGUCUUGCGCAAGCGCAUCAGUUGGUGAAGGAUCGUCAGGAAGGUAGUGGUCCCAGUCUAGCACGCACGAGCAGUGGGCGCUUUGCUACCAAUAUGCCCGUGGCGGGAUCGAUGGGCUCACGCAUUCCGUCUACGGCGUCAAACACGUCUUCAGUGGCCACAGUCGGUAGCACAUCGUCGACGAAUGCGAGUCGCGCAUCGAAUGAUGAAGUCUCACAUAUCAUAUGCGCGUGGCGCCACCAUAAACGUGUGCAGUUGAUGGAUGGCCACAAAGAGCUAUCAGAGCGCUCUCGUGAAUUGCUGAUUGAGCAGAAGCGCAUGGCGUUUUCGGCGGCCCGGGCUAAGGUGACUGAGAUUAUACUUCCGGCCGCUAAACCUUCUGCUCGCAGCCGCUACCCAAGCGUGUCAUCAUCCACUUCACUCCGGCAAGUAAACGAGCAAUCUGUCCUGUCGUCAUCAUCAUCUGUUUCGUCACUUUCUGCUGGAGGACGUGACACACCUUCGUUUGAUUCACCUAAGACACGCCCCUUUCCAUCCGGUCGAAGCGCAUCCGUGGACAAUUCUUUGCUAGUGAAGAAGAAUAGUUUCCAGAGUCGGAUGUGCAAGGAUUCGGGCAGUCUGGAAGGCUUCGGACGUACGUCAUUCACGUCGGUAUCCCAGUUGUCCGAAUUUGCGGCUUUCCCCGUUGAAGACAUUGUGGACAUGCGGGGAAGCUUAUCGUCGUCUUGUGCAUCAGGAAGCACUGGACACAUAAGCGUUGACUCGUCCAGUGCUGGAUCAUCGGACGCAGACUUGAUGAAGCGGUCGCUCUCGCGUAAGCGGGAUUUCCUCAUGGUUACAUCGGAGGUGUUUCGUGACGAGGGAGGCGACUACCAGACUCGUAAGAUUCUUUUCCAGGCACGUGAUGACGACUUCUCUGUGGCUUCACGGGUACCCACUCACUCAAACUCAGGGCGCGAGUUGCUACCACCUGGCCGUGCAGGCUCAACGAGCUCAUCAUCGUUGAGCCAAAAGCCUAAAAAGGCGGGAAGCGCUGGCAAGAUAGGAAGCACGGGCAAGAUAGGAAGCGCGGGCAAAUUGGGCAGCAUGGGAAGCGGGAGUGCCAUGGGGAGCGCGAUGGGAAGUGCGAUGGGGAGUGCGAUAGGUAGCGCGUUAGCCAGACGCAGUGGUAGUCACCACUCCUUAAACGAAAGUGCUAGCUCGGUCAGCAGUUCGUUACGAUCUGUGGCUACGGAAGAUGGCAAUGUGGAAGAGUUUGAUAUGGAAGGCAUUGAUUGCGUCCAGGUGAUGGAGAUUGACGAUGAGGACGAAGACGGUAUAGUGAACUGCGGGAUUUCGCGCAAAAGCAGCGACUCUUCGUCACGGCAUUUUCACCAUCGCGCGAGUGACAGCAGCCGUGCGAGCAGCAGCCACAAUCACAGUCAUUCUGCUGGUAUGGAAAGUCUUUCUGGCGGAAGCAUUGAUUCGGAUAGCUCCGAUUACUCUGACGUGGAGUGUGAUGUGGACGUCGACACCACGUUCAGCGAUCUUAUUGCGACUCCUAACCAACUUGAUAUAAUCAGCCAAGACGAUGAGGAAAUUGCGCCCAUUGCCAUAACUGGACCUCCAGCAACGUCCGAGAUAGAGUCAUUCGAUGUGGACAGCUGUGACAUUCUUGCAUAUAAGUCACCGGCGUCGGAGACCUCGGACUCAAUGGCCAUGUCUAUGCCCGUAUACGUGCCAUUACUGGAUAUUGUGCAGGUGUACGUAAGCAGCAAAAUUCGUGAAAAUCUUACGCUCGCGAUUCGGUCGGGUUACGCAGAGGCGAAAGGCGCUCGAUCGUACAUGGAAGACCGCAGUAUUGGACAGACGACUUGUGACCUGUCUCAGUAUCCAGCUGCACUUGCGGAUAAUUAUGCCUCGUUAGCAUUUUUCGCGGUACAUGAUGGCCACAAUGGCACGGAUACGGCGGUGAAAUUGCAAAAUGAGUUGCACCAUCGGUUCUUUGCUGAAGGAAAUGGAUUUGUGGAGUCCCCUGUAGCCUGUAUCUCGUCAGUCUGUGAGGCUCUGGACAAUGAAAUUUUGGAGAGCCAAAACCAGAGCGUAUUGCCUAAGCGUAAGCGCACUAUGGCUGCUGACGAAUUGCAACGUUACCUUAAAGCCGAAGCAUCUGAGGCAAGUCUUUUGGAAGGCGAGUGCUGUGAGAUUGAUGGCCAGGUCGUGUGUGGAGAUGAGGUGAAAGCUUUGCUGCAACCGAUUUCAUUCUCGGGAUCUGCGAGCGUCUUUGUUGUGGUGGCGAAGCAGCGCAAGAAACGCCGGGUACCGAGUGAGACUGAAGAAGGUGGUUUAGUAGCUGAGGAAAUCCGGGAGCUUGAAAAUGGCGAAAAGAGCGAGUUGGGAUAUGAAAGUGGUGCUAAAGAAGACGAGGACCAGCCUACUCGGUUAUACGUGGCCAAUGUGGGGGACUGCCGUGCAGUUUUGUGCACUGCGGAUGCGCGGGCAGUCGACUUGACGACGGACCAUAGAGCGUCUUUGCCAGCUGAACGAGCGCGCAUCGAGGCAGCAGGCGGGUUCGUGCACAAUGGCCGUCUGGACGGUAUUCUUCAGAUCUCACGCGGCUUCGGCGACCUGGCACACAAACAGGAUGGUCACUUGGUCGUGACCCCUGACGUGAGCGAGCACGUGGUGGAUUCUUCGGACCAGUUUCUGCUGCUCGCCAGUGACGGUCUCUUUGACGUCCUCACUUCGCAACAGACUGUGAACUUUGUAUUGCGUAAACUCCAAACUCACGGUGACGUCCAGCUCGCAGCACAAGAGCUCGUGCUUAAAGCGCAAGCAUACUUUGCCCACGAUAACAUAAGCGUGAUUAUUGUGGCGCUGAAUCAAAAGAAUGACGCGUGA